AUGCACAGUCCUUUCGACUACUCUGUAAAAGUCCGCCGCGACGAGAACGCUCCCGUCUGUGCAUCGUCCUCCGGCGCGUCGCUCUUUGGGAAACGUGAUGAUGAUUACUCCUGCAGCGAGUCCAAGGCCUGCUCGAACGGCGCCUGUUGCGGAAAGACCCAAGGAUAUUGUGGUUAUGGGCCUGACUAUUGUGGAACCAACGAUAUCUCGCCCAACGAUGUAUGCUGGAGCAACUGCGAUGCCAAAGCCGAAUGUGGCCAAUACGCUGAAGUCGAGGGAGCCGAGUGUACUCUUAACGUUUGCUGCAGUCAAUAUGGCUUCUGCGGCAUGACAGAUGAAUUCUGCGAGGUUACUGACAACAAAAACACAACUUGUCAGAGCAACUGUGAGCAACCCGGCUCCGGCUCUUCAGAUGGUGACGUCCAGAGCCGAAUCAUUGGCUACUACGAAGCUUGGAAUGCCGACAAAGCCUGCGUUGGAAUGACCCUUAGUCAAAUCCCCGUCAACGCCCUCACUCACCUACACUUUGCUUUCCUCUACAUCAACCCGGGCGACUUCAAGAUUGUGCCCAUGGACGGGAUCGACGAGUCGCUUCUCACUGAUUUCACAGCGCUCAAGUCCAAAAACAGUGGGCUCAAGUGUAUUGCCUCCAUUGGAGGCUGGACGUUCAGCGACAAUGGCACCGUGACCCAACCGCUGUUUGGCGAAAUUGCCGGCGACGCUACUAAUCGUGCCACCUUCAUCACCAACCUUCUGGACUUUAUGCGCCAAUACGCGUUUGACGGAGUUGAUUUCGAUUGGGAAUACCCCGGAGCGACCGAUCGCGGUGGCACUGAAGACGACGGCGAGAACUUUACCAAGCUACUCAAGGAGCUCCGUGAGGCCGUCGACGAUGAGCCCAUUGACUACAGCAUUGCCUUUACCGCCCCAACGUCGUACUGGUACCUUCGCCACUUUGAUCUGAAAAAGUCCUCGGAGUAUGUCGACUGGAUCAAUGUAAUGAGUUAUGAUUUACACGGAGUGUGGGACUCGAGCAACCCUAUUGGUAGCACUGUCUUGGCACACACCAAUCUCACCGAGAUCAAGUUGGCCUUGGACCUCUUCUGGCGCAACGAUAUCGAUGCAAGCAAGAUCAAUCUGGGUCUCGGCUUCUACGGUCGCUCGUUCCAGCUGGCUGACCCAUCCUGCUAUAAGCCAGGAUGUGCGUUCAAGGGUGGCGCCAACGCUGGCUCGUGUACUGAUAACUCGGGCACGCUGGCCUAUUUCGAAAUUCAAGACAUUAUCGAGGCAAAAGGUCUGUCACCAUAUUAUGACAAGACGGCGCAGGUGAAAUACAUUGUCUGGGAUGACGACCAGUGGGUAUCCUAUGACGAUGAAGAUACUUUCCAAGCCAAGAUCGAAUUCGCCAACAAGCUCGGAUUGGGCGGUCUGCUUAUCUGGUCCAUUGACCAAGAUACAAGCAACUACGAAGCGCUGAAGGCUGUGCUGUCGCCCAAUGGAAUUGAUGCCUUUGAAUCCGAGGCGGAUGAUGCAAGCUACUGGCAAGAGGCGACCGCGCAGGACUGCUACGUCACUGACUGCGGAGGCAGCUGCAACACGGGAUACAUCCAGAUCGAAGAGCAGCCUUGUGGCUCCGCCAAACCAGUCACGAGACAUUCGACCAAGGAUCCGUCAAAGCUGUGUUGUCCCCUUACGUCUGCUCCUGACCCAGACAACUGCCAGUGGCGAGGCACAGCCCCCAGUUGCAAUGGUCACUGUGAGAACGGCGAGGUCAUGCUCGAGAUGAACAAAUGGGGUGACGGCAAGUACUGCGAGGAUGGACACAAAGCAUAUUGUUGCGAGGCAUCCUCUCAGGAGACAGAGAACUCGUGCUACUGGACGGGUGUCGCAGGUAGCUGUGCCUCGGACGAGCUGCCCCUGACUUUUGCCGGCACGUUCCUGGAAGACCUUGCCGAUAUUGCCUCUCUGGGAGGCUUGAUUGGCCAAGUACUAGCCGACUUUCUCGAUACUGCGGAUAUGGACCUGCGACGUCUUUACUGUUGUCCCAAGGACGAAAUUAGCCAGUGGGAGAAUUGCGGCUGGCAUGGUACUCCUGGCACAUGCUACGAUAACCACUGCGACGAGGGCACCCAAGUCCAACUCACACAAAGCGACUAUGGCGCUGGCCAGAGCUGUCUGCCCCGUAUUGAACGUACACGCACAUUUUGCUGCGACCCUGCAAAUGGUGCCAGCCCUUUCCUUCCUGUUCCACUGGAGUACCUCUUUCCCAACGCGCCCGAUGGUGACGAUAUCGAGACCGACUACGAUCUAGAGAUUGACGACACAUGGGGCACUGGAAAGGAUAAGACUAGCACGGAAGACGAUCCCAAUGAUUCCACUUUCGGGUUCUGGGUCAUGGUCAGUCCGACGGAGAUCCAGACCUCGUUGGACAAGCGUGAUGGGUCGCACUGGGAACUGUUCAACUGUAACGAUGCUGUCAGCACAGAAGAACAGACUGUCCAGAUGGUCUGCAUGGACGACUCUGCAGACAGCAAUUGCUAUAAGAUCGGCCUCGGCCAUGGAGUUCCUGGUACUAUUCUCGAGAUGCCCAGAGGCCAAGGUUGUGGCCCAGCCAAGUAUGCCGUUGCCAAGUCCAUGGUACCGUCUGCGAAUCAAACAUUACCUCAUCACCUGGUAAAACGCACCUCGGGACGAAAGCCCAUGGUUUACGACUUGACCUUUGAUUAUGAUUGGCUCAGGGUCCCGAGAGACCUUGGAGACACACAGGUCCGGGUCGACUACAGUAACGAAGACGGCUACUGGGAUGCCAUUGUUGACAAGGCCGCAGAGAAGCGAAGAAAGCGAUCUCUGGACGAAGUCAAUGGCAGUCAUCGGAGAUGGCUCGAGGAGGAAUGGCGCGACGAUGUCCACUUUAGCAGCUUGAGCGAGCGCGAGCUUCAUGAGCGAUGGUUCGGUGAAGAUGUCAUUGCCUGGCUCAAGGGCCUCUUGAAUGGCGAGAUCGAGCCCAAGUACACUCAUGACUACGACGAGUCCGUCACUGCCAUCAUUGUCCAGGAAGACUGGUCUUGUCAGCCCAAUGACUACACCAAACUGGAGGCAAGCCUAAGCGCCAAAGCCUCGGCCAACAUCAAGGUGUCGUCCACCUUUGGCAUGACACUCAUCUUCACGCUCGGAACCAGCAUGGAUCUCUCCAAUUCUUACGUAUAUUUGAAGACAAGUGGCGAAGUCACGGCGAUUUUCUCCAUCGAUGCAAUGGCCAAGGCUAGCUUUGAUAGUGGAGAGUUCUCCAUCGUCACCGUGCCCAUGCCCGGCGCCUCAUUCACGAUCCCCAAUAUCCUGACGGUUGGACCAAAAUUUGUACUCAAUGCCCAGGCUACGGCAGACGUUACGCUAGCUGGUCACUUUGAGACAAAGGUCGAGAUUGCCUCGUGGGACUUUCAGCAGACCUAUCCAGAGGCCAGCAGCGACUGGGAGCCAAAGUCCUUAGAGAGUCCAUCCCGUGACUUUACCUUGGACGGCCUCAACGAGCCAACUUUCAACCUGACUGUUACUGCCAAGGGUCAAAUGACGGCACACUUGAAGCCUACACUGAGCUUUGGAAUUGAAUUUGAUGACCGCUGGGGCAUUGACUCUGCCAAGGCUGAGUUGCUUGCCGAUGGCUGGGUGCGCGUCCGCGCGCAGGCGAAUCUUGCCGGUGACGAUGCAUCCACCUGUCCGUUCAAAUACGGCAUCGACGCUGGCGCCUCUUUUACUGCCCGGGCAUCCGUCCCAGACAACUUUGGCUGGACUCCCGAGGAUAAAACCUUCUACUCCCUUAGUAGCAACUUGAUUCCCGGAGACGGCACUGAUGACUAUGUCUGCGUGGGAGUUGAUUCCGAGACGGAGACGAAGCGUAGCUUGUCCAGACGCGAUCCCUACGUUGCCUCUGGGGGCGAACAUGAGCUUUUAUCGAGCCACGGCAAUGUCACCAAGCGCUCUGUAACGUACGGUCCUCUUUUCUCUAUCCCCGUCAAAGGGCAGUUGUGCCCGAGCAUUGAAGCAACCACAACAACGGCAUGCAAUAGUAUUAAAGGAUUCGACGAUGACCAGUUCAACGACAUUGAUUACAUGAGGAAGAGAGACCUAAGCCCCUUGGAUCUCGAUUUCUCAGACAUUGAGAAAGCCAGCGGUAUCGACAUCACCGGGCUCCUCAAGCGUCGCAGUGUGGAGCUUGAUGUCGAAUCGGAUGACAGCAGAUCCGCCCUUCUACACGACAUGAUUGAGGACUUGUUUAUGAACAACACGGAGCUGCUAGAGUCUUACCAUGAGCUGAACAGGCGUGAUGGUGCCGCUCAGAUUUAUGAUAUCUGUUUGAACGAUGCCAAGAUGACAUACCGGACGGCAGCAUAUCCCGAGAGCGGAACUCUUUACGAUAACGAGGACUGGGGCGAAUGCAGCAAUUUCAACCUCAUCGUUGCCCAGGGCCAGACGGCAGGACACAACUACGACUGGGAACAUAUUCUUGAGAGGCAGAUCAUUCAAGCAUUCUCCGCAUACUACUUUGAAGGCCAGGCGAGCCCCGUUGCAGGCUAUGGUAGCUUUUGCAAGUACCUCAAGUACUUCUGGGAGAAUCGCAACAGUCAAAUUAACGGGGCGACUCCUUGGUCCAUCAUUGGUCAACAAUGGCCGAAUACUGCAGCAGGCACUGGCGGCGAGAUGGUCCAGACCGAGCAGGAGAUCAAUCUGGCCAAGGCCCGUGCCUUCAAGUACGAUGUAGCCAUCAACGCGGUGGACACGAUGAAGAAAUGGGUCUCUUCGUACGACGAAGUGGAACGUGUGAUCAAGAAUCUAAAGGACGUCAUCCUAAUGGUCAAGUACAUGAGCGUCGCCAACGUCAACAACAUCUACAAUACACAGGGCCGACGUGUGGCUACCGCUUUCGGUACCGUCGAGCAGGGCAUCGCCGCCAACUGGGCCAAUACGGCAACUCCAUACACGGUCUUGGGCCUGGACCAGACCUUUUUGGUCUUUAUGAGAGACUACACGACCCAAGUCAGUUCAAAGAUUGACGAUUACCUGCAGUUCUGGAGCGGUCAACUCCAAGUGUUUUACGACACGGAAAUCGGCGCGGGAGGAGGAUCGACGCAGGACGAGCAAAAUAUCCUGGUCAAGAUCGAGGACGUCAGAGCAGAGAUUGAUACGCUGACGGCGGCCACUCCCUUGUUCAACAACCCGUUCUAG